AUAAACUCAUCAUCCAGCAAAUCUAAACCGUUGAGAGAUGGAAGUUGAUCUAUUAACCACCUACAUUGUUUUAACUAUCCUCCACACACCAAUGUGCAUCUGGCAAGCAGACUGUAGCUUUUGGACAUACACAUUUACAUUGUAUCAAGAGUUUCAGUAUAUGGGAUGUCUGACUCGAAUCUACCCGGACAUAAACCAUCUUGGUUGUGCAAGGCUCUGCCUGGACUCCCGCAGAUGUCCUUCGUAUGUUUACAGCUCGGUCAACCGGUCUUGUGUCAUUUGCACUGAGGGAUACUCCAUCAAAGGGGUCACCUUUGAGUCAGGCCAAGGUUCCCAUUUAUUAACAAAGAUGCAGUGGCGUGCCCAACAAAACUACACAAACAAUUUAGUUCGAUUUGAUUUCCCAGGGACGAUCCUACCAGGAGAAAUGGAAACUUUUUGCGCCCGUGAUGUCAUACUGGCUACUAAUGAUAGUGCAACACAGUCAAGUUUCUUUAAGAAUCAAAUAGAUGAUGACCAAUACUACUUGGACGCCUUGAUUCAGUGGUCAAACAAUACUGAGAAGUGGCCUGAUGGCAGCUACGCCCUUUUAAAGCCUGUCUCUGGCUGCCCCAGAGGGGACAGCGAGAACUGGUCCACAGGUGACAAAAUGAUUCAGAGUGAAUCCACUUCUGACAUCCACUCUUUGAAGAACUCUGAGAAGUCUCAUCUGUCAAGACCGUUAUUUAAAACAGUAGACCAAGUCAAUUAUGUUAUUUUACGUUACUGCGUCAAAACUACAUCAACCUUGGUGAACCAGGUGUCUUGGCCAAGUGGAUCGUAUUGUAUCAACAAGAAGCUCAGCUGUCCUUUGGGCUUUCAGGAGGGUAAAGUCUACAUUGAUGAAGAAGAUUCUUAUGGCAACAAAGGACUCGUCAAAGGCACAGUUCCGGAUGACAAUUCAAGCAGUAAGCAUUCGUUCUGUUGCCGAAAUGACUCCAGGCCAGACACACCAAUUAGUCUACCAAACAAAUCUCCCUUUUACUUAAAUAGAAAGGGAGGUAAAUGCCAGCAAGUAGUUGGCAUGUCUGUUGAGGAAGACUUCGUUCUGAUUGAUUCCGAAAAUGAUAUGAAUGAUGACGAAUAUAGUGGGAGCUUUAAUGAUGUGAAAAUCAAUGAUGUCAUUUUUUAUCUAUGUUACUAUAGGCCGCUUUACAUAGGCCAAAUUUAAAUUAGAUUACUAUAACGCUGUUGACACUUCUAAACAGAUCGUUCGAAGUAGUGAGAGGAUAUUGAUCCAUUUAUGAUUUACGCUGCCAACCCCCGUCGUCCUGCGGGAGGUUUGGACUAGGAAGUACAUUAUCUUCAACUCUGAAGAAACACCCGAAACAUGUACAACAUUUUACAAACAGAUCCUAAUUGCUAACACAUCUCGAGACAGAAUCAUACGAGCAAAAUAUAAGUGCCACUGCUAAAAUACCUUCA